UUCUAAGGCACAAACCAACUUAGUUUUGAUUGAUAUUCGUAUUAGCUUUGCCAAGGUCUUGUUAAUUAUUUUGUUAAGAGAUUUAACAGACCUUGGCAUUUAUACAAGUAGAAAAGAAAAACAAAAUAGUUAAACACAUUACACAUUAUUAUAUAGGAAGGGAGAAAAAAAACUCAAAACAUAAGCAUGGGAAAAUUAAUGGUAGAAAGUUCUACUAAGAUUGCCUUUAUUCUUUUGGUUAUUGCCACCAUUACUAUUCCAUGCACUGAGGCUGGAAUUGGUAAGUUUGAUGAUUUUCUUAAAAAUCAAUCUGAAGAAGCUCAUAAACUAGUUCUUGAAUCUUAUGUUCCAAAUCCUGAAGAAAUUGCAGAUGACCUCAAUCUCCAUGUUCAUUUAUCAAUGGAAGGAUUAAACAACACAAGGAGGGAAUUGGGGCAAAAAGGUAAAAGAAAGUUAGGACCAUGUGAAGCAACCAACCCAAUUGAUAGUUGUUGGAGAUGCCAAAAGAAUUGGGCUCAAAAUAGAUUUCAGUUAGCCAAAUGUGGUAAAGGGUUUGGAAGAAGAGCCACUGGUGGACUUGGAGGCAGAAUUUAUGUAGUAACUGAUCCUUCAGAUAAUGAUAUGGUGAGCCCUAAAGUUGGUACUCUUAGACAUGCUGUUACCCAAAGGGGGCCAUUGUGGAUCAUUUUCCAACGUAGUAUGGUCAUUAGAUUGAACCAAGAAUUGAUGGUAUCUUCCGACAAGACAAUUGAUGCUCGGGGUGCUAAUGUUCAAAUUAGAGAUGGUGCUGGAAUCACAAUGCAAUUUGUUAACAAUGUUAUUAUUCAUGGACUUCGUAUUACAAAUAUUAAAUCUAAAAAUGGUGGUAUGAUUAGAGAUUCAUUUAAUCAUGUUGGAUUUAGAACAAGAAGUGAUGGUGAUGCCAUUUCUAUUUUUGGAUCUUCUAAUAUUUGGAUUGAUCAUCUUUCACUCUCGCAAUGUGAAGAUGGUCUCGUUGAUGUUAUUCAAGGCUCUACUGGUAUCACCAUCUCAAAUUGUCACAUGACAAAACAUAAUGAUGUUAUGUUAUUUGGAGCAAGUGAUACAUACAAUGGUGACAAGAUAAUGCAAGUAACAGUAGCAUUCAACCACUUUGGUCAAGGAUUGAUUCAAAGAAUGCCAAGAUGUAGAUUUGGUUUUGUCCAUGUUUUAAACAACGAUUACACUCAUUGGCAAAUGUAUGCAAUUGGUGGAAGUGCAGGACCAACUAUUCUUAGUCAAGGAAACCGUUUCAUUGCACCAUUCAAUACUGCUGCAAAAGAAGUCACACAUAGAGAUUAUGCUGGAAGUUCAGUUUGGAAAACUUGGCAAUGGACUUCAGAAAUGGAUCUAUUAAUGAAUGGUGCUAAAUUUGUUCCAUCUGGUUCACCAAUCAAUAAAGGUGCAUUCAAAAAAGCGUUUAUGAUGAAACCAAGACCUGGAACUUAUGCUAAUAGACUAACAAGAAAUGCUGGUGCCCUAAAUUGUGUGGUAGGGAGGCCUUGUUAGAAAGAAAAUCAUUAUCUUUAUGAUGAUUUUCUUAAUUACUUUAAAUAUAUAUAUAUCUCAAUAAAAUUGCACGCCCGCGCACACACACAAAUAGCAAUUUUUUUUUAUGUUUUUGUUAAAAACAUAUAUUUAUUGUAGCAUUGUUGAUGUGCGAAAGGGAGGUGAAGUCAUUGUUUGAUUUAGAUGUCAAGAAAUA